GUACACAGUAAUGUAUAUCCCAGCUCCCCUUUACUCCAUUAUAGUGAUAUAGCACGUUGUAUACAGUACUUACUGUCCCCCCAAGUCCCCCACGGCGGUGGAGAGGGUGUCUUCUCUCAGCGGUGGGAGCGGACCUCUCCUGCACCUGUCCCCUCAGCGGCGGUGCAGCAGAAGCCAGAAACCGGAAGUUGUAAACCGGAGCUUGGCUUUACAAUGAGGCUUGGAGCACAGGUGCACCGCUCGCCACAGAGGAAUUUCUCCUCGCAUUUGGCGAGCGGGCGAGCAGCUUUUUCAAGCCCUGUGUUA